UUCGUGUCGACGUAGAUGGUGGCGAUUUCUCCUUUUCCCGGGAUUUGACUUUUGAAAGCGAUCGAUACGCUUCAAGGUUUUGUACAUCGUACUAGCUCCCUAGUAUUCAGUAGUGUGGCCUGAUGUUCACCUACGGUUGAGAUGUACCGAGCUUUGAGACUCGGGACUCUCUGAUCUGGUUCGCACAUGUCAUAGUGACUGAUGCGGAACACAAAGAAAGGGCAAGGCCUCUUCAUCCAGAAGCAGAAAAAAGAAAAAGAAUAAAAAGAGUAAAGAACAAGGGAAUGCCAAUGGCUGGGGAUUCGGCAAAACUUCGCGCUGACGAUGGACGGGCAUGUGGUUGGAUGAUGGGCAGGCAAGGUUCUGAUUUUAUUUUUCAUUCCUUUUUUUUUUUUCCCUAAGCGCGUUAGAGUCGUGUAAAUUUUCCCCGACAGAUCAGGGGGGCACUCCGUAGGCAAAUUUGGUUUCUUUUUCUUCCACGUUAUUUUUAGGCGACUGGGAUGCUGGCUUGCUGGCUGGCUUGUCGCUGUUGGAGGGCGACUGACUCCCUUGUUGUUUGUUAAUCAAUCUCAAUCUUCUAUCGAUAAGACUCUCAAGGGGAAAAAAAAUCGAACAAAAAAGUAAUGUGAUUGAAGGAUAAAGUUAGACCCACCAAAUGUACAAUUUCUUUUUCCUGAAAAACUUUCUCCCUGCUGCUUAGCCUUUAUUCGAAUCCUGAUCCUCUUCGCCACCGACUCCAUCCGGCUGUUUUUCGCGGGGGAUAAGGGGAGGAAAAUCCGGAGAAUGCUGACAAUCGAUAAGGAUUUUACUCUUUUCACUUGAAUGACCGGCAACACAACAGCGAAUAGUACGAGUAUACUAUUUAAGAUUACGGACAUAAUUUGCGUUUCGACCAGCGGAAGACGCGUCAAGAAUGUUCCCUUGAUUUAGAUUAUUAAAUCCGACUGAUGCAGUGAGAGGAGUCAGGAGGAAGCCUUGCUCCCAGGGAAAAUUUGUUCGACAAAUGGCGGUGAUGUGUCCAUCCUCCAACGACGCCCAUUGUUUCAGGCGUCAGGGAUCCUCGCAGGUCUGAGUCUGAGCCCUUAUCCCGAUGGUUGAAUUUUUCUUCUUCCCCCUGGGAGAUUGCUAUCAAAGGCUCGCCGAGGUUUAAGGAAUCUGUUCAAGGCUUGAGCGCUGAUUAACAUUAUUGGAUGUACUCUGUAAUUCUCGUCCUGAUAAUCUCGUUUCCCAGAGCGACUUGAAAUUGGCCGUAUUCAAGCGAGAAGAGUUCUCAACAAGUUUAUUAUUAGCCCUAUUAGCCCUUGUCAACAACGUAAACCCGAUAUCAAUCGUAAUGCAUCCUAUUCAUGCUGACGAGGACGGGGCAACGCCUCGACUCACCCACGGUUCUCAGGAACCUUGCUCAGCCAAAAUUAACUAAUUUUAUUUCGAAAGACAAACAGAAUUAAGAAUACAGUCAGCCUGGGCUGCGCCACAGGUUGAAGAACAAGUCCCUAAAAUAUCGUUUCAUCCAUUGUUUUGAUAACCAUGUGGAGGAUACUAGCCGUAGCAAGGAGGAUGGCUGCAUGCCCCGGAUUCGCAGCGGGCCAGGGACUGAAGCCUUGUUUGCCGGAGAAGUGGAUACACAUUCCUCAAGCGAAUCUGAAGCGAUGUCAAUGACAGAAGAGGGAGGACGGAGUUGCCGGCAGAAGAGGCUCGUUCGGCGACGGCAGUCUUGUACGCAGGACGGUGAUGCUGACUCGCUGCAUCCCUUGCCCUAUGCGGUUAUUCAGCCACGACCGUGAACCCGACUGAUAGGUUGCUACUAGUGAUGGUGUCUUCAGCCUUGAAAGAAAGGGCCCGAUGGUGUUCUCGUUCGAAGAUUGGUUCCCCUCCAUAUCCCUUUCAUCCCUGAGCGCCAUGUAUGAAGCGCCAUGUGUCUUGGCCCCGGGCAUUCUUGACCUCCAAGUCCAUGUUGUAGACAGUAGUCGUCGACAGUGGAAAUACACGUUCACCGGCCGUGAUAGCAGGAUCGCGAGAACAUAUCACUGUGUCGACUGUAGAGUUCCGACAAAACACCGGACACUGCCAGUGCCAGAUCAGCCUGACGCUGUUACCAAGGAUCCAAGAUUGGUUGGGUGCCAGUUGCUCCGAGCCGACCAGAACCAAUGGAUAGACGGCCGCAGUAAUCGGACGGUUCCACUGCUGAAUCAGGUUAGCGCGCUGUAAAACUUUUUUUUCAGAAAUUUUUUAUCAGCACUGAAGAGGGUGGCGGUUCAAGGUUGGAAACCCACAGAGCGGGCGAUAAAUAGAAAUAGAGGGCUGCCCCUCGUCUUCCUCCUUUCCUCUUCCACAUCAAUAACCCUUAUCUCUUCGAUAGAGGUCUGGUCCUCUUGUGCUUCAACCUUUUCUUUUCUCUUUCCUUGUCUUUGCGUCUUAGACAAAAAAGAGUCUUAGAUUUUUAUUUGGUCGGUUUAGAUCGUUGCCUGCGUCUCUUUGCACGGGCGCAGUCCUCUCGCCGUCACACUCUCGAGAUACCCUAAUAGAACGCCUUUCGUUCUCGAUUUUUUUUUCUUACCCCUCGUCCUCUACGUUUCCUUCAAAAUUUCGAAUUUUACGACUUCCAAAAUGCCUGCUGUUGAUGUCGCUUCUGUCCCUGCCGUCUCCGGCAAGGAGACUGCUCAGUCCGUCGCUGUCCUCGAGGAUCUCAUCAAGCAGCUCAACAUCUCUUCCAGCCAGGAUGAGGUGAACGCCGCCAGUGGAAACAUCGCUCACCUUUUCUCCGGCCCUAUCCCCGAGCAGACUCUUCCUCUGAAGGCUGUUGAGGCUUUCAAGAAGCAGCUUGUCAACAAGAAGGAUGGCAAGGCUCGUGAGAACGCCCUUCAUGCCAUCCGUGCCAUCGCUUCUCACACUUCGAUCUCUCCUGCCGUUGAGCCUCAUCUCGUCUCUCUCCUCGAACCAGUCAUUGCCGCAGCUGGCGCGAAGAAGGCUACGCCCACUGAGCUCCAACUCGCUAAGAGCACAGCUGUCGCCAUUGUUGGUGCCGUCAACAGCAACGCUGUCAAGGCCGUUCUUCCCCCAAUCAUUGACGCUCUCGAUGAUUCGAAGAGGACUGUUGAGAAGGAGACCGCACUUGAGUGUAUUGAGGAGCUUAUCAGGACUGCCCCUGUUCAACUGUCUUUCCGCGUUCCCGACUUGAUUCCUGUUCUCUCCGCGUCUGUGAACGGCAGUGACAAGAAGAUCAGCUACAUCGUCGGUGGCAAGCAGGAUGACCCGGAGACCAAGCAAGUGAUCCUGACCGGAAACGGUACCCUUGAUCACGUUUGCGCUUUGAUCGUCAACAAUGAUAUCAAGGAAUUCAUUCCCGCACUCGUCAAGUGUAUCGUCAACCCCAACCUCGUCCCCGAAACAGUUCACACCCUGGGUGCCACCACCUUCGUCUCCGAUGUUACCAGCCCUACACUCGCUAUCAUGGUCCCAUUGCUUGAGCGUGGUCUUGCCGAGCGUGAGACUGCUAUCAAGCGUAAGUCCGCCGUCAUUGUUGACAACAUGUGUAAGCUCGUCGAGGAUCCUCAGAUUGUCGCUCCUUUCCUGCCGAAGUUGAUGCCCAAGCUUGUGGAGAACUACGACAACAUUUCUGAACCCGAGGUUCGUGAAAAGACCCAGCAAGCUUUGACCACCUUGAAGCGCGUGGGUGCUGUUAAGGACGGCAAAAUUCCCGAGAUUUCGACCGCUGGCCAUAUCCCUACUGUCGCCGGAAUUCUCAAGGACAUUCUCGCGCCAAAGUUCAAGGCCCAGGCCGAUAAGUCUGAGGCCAUCAUUUACUACGUCUCUGCUAUCGCCGGUGAGCUUAUUGAUGAACAAGACGCCGAAGCCACGAGCUGGACGAACAACGCUGUUCCUUAUAUUGCCGCCAUCGUCGGCGAGGGUGAUGCGCAAUCCAUCACUGAAACUCUCCGCAAGCGUGCUUCUCCUAUUGCUGCUGCUGGAGAGGAUGUUCCCUCUGAUGAGGAGGAAGGCGAGGAUCUUUGCAACUGCACAUUCUCUCUGGCCUAUGGUGCCAAGAUUCUGCUGAACCAGACCAAGCUUCGCUUGAAGCGUGGCCAGCGUUACGGUCUGCUCGGACCCAACGGUACCGGAAAGACCACUCUCAUGCGUGCCAUCAACAACGAGCAGCUCGAGGGCUUCCCCAAGAAGGACGAGGUCAAGACUGUCUACGUCGAGCACGAUCUUGAUGCUGCCGACACUGAAUUCACCGUCAUUGGCUGGACCAUGAUGAAGCUCCGCCAAGUCGGUCUUGAUCCUGUCGAGGACGAGGUCAAGGCUAAACUCAUUGAAUUCGGUUUCCUUCCUGAGCAAAUGGACGGUCCCAUCACUGCCCUCUCUGGUGGAUGGAAGAUGAAGCUUGCCCUUGCCCGUGCUGUCUUUGAGUCCCCCGAUAUCCUCCUCCUUGACGAGCCUACCAACCAUUUGGAUGUCAAGAACGUUGCUUGGCUCGAGAACUACCUCUGCAACUCUCCCUGCACCUCCAUCAUCGUUUCUCACGACAGCAAGUUCUUGGAUAACGUUAUUCAGCACGUUGUCCACUACGAGCGCUUCAAGCUCAAGCGUUACCGUGGUUCCCUGAGCGAGUUCGUCAAGAAGGUUCCUUCUGCUCGCUCAUACUACGAGCUUGGCGCCUCUGAAUUGGAGUUCAAGUUCCCUGAGCCCGGUUUCCUCGAGGGUGUCAAGACCAAGGCCAAGGCCAUCAUUCGUGUCUCCGAUAUGUCCUUCCAGUACCCCGGAACUCCCAAGCCCCAGAUCUCCGAUAUCACCUUCCAGGUCUCUCUGGGCUCCCGUAUCGCCGUGAUCGGACCCAAUGGAGCUGGAAAGUCUACCCUGGUCAACGUUUUGACCGGAGAGUUGCUUCCCACCACUGGUGAAGUUUACCAGCACGAGAACAUCCGUAUCGCUUACAUCAAGCAGAACGCCUUUGCUCACAUCAACGACCACCUCGGCAAGACUCCUUCCGAGUACAUCCAGUGGCGUUUCCAGACUGGUGAGGACCGUGAAACCAUGGAUCGUGCCAACAAGAUUGUUACCGAAGACGAUGAGAAGGCCAUGUUGAAGAUCUACAAGAUCGAGGGUACUCCCCGUCGCGUUAUUGGUGUCCACUCUCGUCGUAAGUUCAAGAACACCUACGAAUACGAGUGUUCGUUCUCGCUCGGUGAGAACCUUGGCAUGAAGAGCGAAAAGUGGACUCCUAUGAUGACUGCCGACAAUGCCUGGAUUCCUCGCAGCGAGAUCAUGGAGUCUCACUCCAAGCAGGUCGCCGAGGUUGAUCAGAAGGAGGCUCUUGCCAGUGGUCAGUUCCGUCCCCUUGUCCGCAAGGAGAUCGAAGCCCACUGCGCUCAAUUCGGCCUCGAGACCGAGCUUGUCACCCACUCUCACAUGCGCGGUCUCUCCGGUGGCCAGCGCGUCAAGGUCGUCCUCGCCGCCUGCACAUGGCAGCGUCCCCACGUCAUCGUUCUGGACGAGCCUACCAACUAUCUCGACCGUGACUCCCUCGGUGCCCUCUCCAAGGCCCUCAAGGCCUUCGAGGGUGGUGUCAUCAUCAUCACCCACUCUCGUGAAUUCACUGAGAACCUUACCGAGGAAGUUUGGGCCGUGGUCGACGGAAAGAUGACCCCAUCAGGUCACAACUGGGUUCAAGGACAAGGCAGUGGGCCAAGGCUUGAGGCCAAGGAUGGGCCUGAAGAAGUGGUCGAUGCCAUGGGAAACAAGACUGUCGUCGAGAAGAAGAAGAAGGAGAGCGCUUCCGACAAGCGCAAGGCCCGAAAGGAGCGUCUUGCGAAGAAGAAGCGUGGUGAGGAUCCCGAUGAGGAGGAUUUCUGAGCGGAGCGUGAAAAAGUUGUCUCCAUUUAAUUGCUACGGGUUAUGCUAUAGAGGCUAUGAUUCAAUGAAUUUCUGUACUAAUUCGCCCUUUUCCAUGUUCAACUUGACCAAUAAAACAUCGUAUCCUCUACCUUAUGGAGUUAGUGGCAGACUGGGAAGAGUGGGGAAGCUCUAGGUGCUCCGACUUAGCCUCUAACGUAGUGAUCCUUUAGACUUGUCAAAUACAACGCGAUUGCUCUGUUGUCCGUUCGAUUUUGAUGACAGAGCCGUGAUCCCACUAACUAUAACUCUGACC